GAUUCACCUUUCUCGCGACUAGAUCGUCGCAGACGAGUUGCUGCUUCCACGACGACCGUAUUUGUUUUCAGCAGUUUUCCAUCGAUGUUCGAAGAGACAGGUCCUCUGUGCAGCUCACCGUAGAGCUUCCCUACUCCCGCCAUGCUCUAUACAAAAACCAGACCGUACGAUAUCGCGAUAAUAUCUUGCCUUCUCCUCUCCUCGAUACCAAUAGCAUCAUGUCGACCACCUCCUGGUUCCUUAUUACCACGUCAGACGACCUUUGACGACCUCGCAUUACCAAAAUGUUCCUUAUCUUGCUUUAUCAACAGCCUCACGAGCGAUGGCUGCGCGAACGAAACCGACUUCAAAUGUCACUGCGAAAAGGGCACAAUGCUAUCGGCAGCAGACCCAUGUCUGAGAUCGAGAUGUAGUAAGGAUGAACAAGUGGAUGCGAUGAAUAAGAUUCGGACAGCGUGUCGAGCUACUGGUAUUGAUCUUGGUAAUGGUGAUAAAGAUGGACAGAACAGCAUUACUAGAAGUAUUAGCAUGUCAGAACCAACAAGGACGACAGGACCUACGACACAGGACACCAAUCCAACAGCCUCGAUAUCGUCGUCCACCAACACCCAAACACCCAACCCUGCUCCAGGAAACCCAGCCAACGGCCCAACACAACUUCCACCCCCUUCAGCACCAACAGACAUCCCAACACAGUCAAAUCCAGACAACACAUCGAGCCCCACCGACCCGCCUCCAAUGCCCACCGACACCCCUCUCGCCCUCCUCCCCACCGACCGCCAACUCUCCCCCGGCGCAAAAGCUGGAAUAGGCGUCUCCGUCUCCCUCCUCUUCACCUCCCUCCUCAUAACCCUAAUCCUCUACAUCCGACGCCUGAAGCGCGAACUCCGCGCCGCGCAAGCCCAAGCCGCCGGCGUCCCCGAGUCUGUCUGGCGCGCCCACAUCUCCACCGCGUCUACCCCCGGCAUCAUGCCUCGCCGUCGCAGCAGCAGCUGGCGAGACCGCGGUCGCUCUCCCCCGGAAUCCCCAGUGUCCCCGCUCUCGGAAACCGGUGGCGGUCCGGCGCUGCUUAAGAAGAAGCGCGGACACGUUCUCAGCGUCGUCGUUGAGCGCGAGGAAGAAGGGUCAGAGGCGGCGAGUCUGGAACCCAUGGUUCCGCGGGAACCUGUGCCGGGGCAAUCGGAGGGGUUGGUGGAUCCGCUAGAGCUGGAUGGGGAGUAUACGGGUAUCGUGGAGUUGCCGACGAGUGUCACGCCGAGGGCGAGGAGCCUCGAGAGGGCGGGCAGGGAGAGGGGGAGUAGUUUUGGGGACUCGAGUCGGCCGAGUACGAGGGGGAGUGCGGAGAAGACGAGGUUUGUGGUGUGAUAACGGAGGGAGGAGGGAGGAGGGUGUGCCGGUACUGGAUACUGGGUGAUGUAUGAUUAGACAAUGUAGAUAAUAGUAGAAUCCACCUACUUGAAGAUCAGCUGUGUAGAUUUCCGCGAUGCAUCGUUUGUGAUAGUCUUGACGAGGGAGCAUUGGGAGGAUAUUAAGAGGUGAUCGCUACUUCAGUGGUCAGGCACUGUUUUGUUCGUCGUGUCC